UUUCAAUUCAGAGUCCCCAUGUCUAUGUUUUGUUUUUAUAGUAUCAUUCUCUGUUUAGAGCAUUAGUGAUACAUCAUUUCUUAAACCAAUGUCCAUUAUUAUCUCCAGGGUCUUCUUCCAAGAUGCUGAUGUCCAUACUUCAAAUUUAAUACACAUGUAAUGACAAAUAUGUCAUGCUACUACCCAACCAGAGUGAUUAUAAGAUGUCUGUCAGGUGCAGAUAAGUGCGAAAAAGUUUGUGUCUUAAAAUCAGUGAAAUAGCAUAAUUGAAUUUGAAGACUAUUUGAAGAAAAAUAAUUGCCUUAUAAAUUUUUGCCAAGAAUUAAGAAUUGUUUAACAGUUAAUGUUAUUGAUUUUAAUCAUUAAUAUUUAUAUAUAAUUUGACAAUAUUAACUUAAUAUACAUUGUAUCAUUUAAGUCUCACAACAGUCCAGUGUGACAGGUAUGUCAGAUGAGGAAGCCAAAACUUCAGAGAGCCUAAGUAGGAGUCACUAGUUAUUGAUGAACCAUUUAGGACUCUUAUUUCUCUAGUUCCAAAAGCCAUAUUCUUUGUUAUUUGCAAAAUACACUAUACUAAUAGGAUUUACUCAAAUGAAAUUUAAGAAAUGGAAAUUUUCAGCUCUUUGGAUUUGUCAUUCUGUGUAGAGUAAACAUGGCAGAUUUUUUUUUUAAAGUCUUAUAAAAGUGAAUAGCUAUGUAUGAUCCUUAUAUAUUAUUUUAGGAUACUUGAAAUUUUCUAAUAAAGCUGAUUUCUGUUACUAUUUAUAGAAAUAAAAAUAACUUUGUGUUUAUCUCAUGUGUUCCACUUAUUCAUUAACCAUGAGGCUCAAUAAUUAAUCCAAUACAAGAUCUAAAUUACAUACAUGAUUUUCCUGACAAUGAAGUUAAUUAAAAGUGUUUGUGGUUAGAGUUUUAAAAAUUGAUAUUCUCAGGACCUAUGCCACUAUGUAGAAAUAUAGUUUUUAUUCUUUCGGAAGUAUCUCUUUUAGUCACCUAUGUACUGUUUUAUUUACUAUUUUAAAACACAGAGGAAUGAUUUCAUACCAUUGAAAAAAUGAUGGUUUAUUUUCAUUUUCUAUGUUUUGCGCAAGAAGAAGGCUGGAACGUCAAAAUAAUUUCUGAAUUGCUCUUUUGUUAUCUUUUAAUUUCUUAAAAAUAAUUAUACAAGAAGUUGUAAAGCUAGAGUUUCCAUGUAUCCUUAACCCAGUUUCCCCAAAUGGGCACAUAUAUAAGUAUAGUAAAAGAUCAAAACCAGGAAUUUGACAUUGGUACAAUGUGUGUGUGUGUAGUUUCUUCUCAUUUUCUUACAUGUGUAGAUUCCCGUAAUCUAUCUAAAUUAUGUGUAUCAAUACUUCAUCCCUUUUUAAUGUUCUAAGGACAUAUGGAAUUGGCUAUGGAUAAUUCAUAUGCUUUCAAUCAACGAAGCACCUGUAAUGGAAUUCCAUCUGAGAAGAAAAACAACUUCCUUGUAUCAGAAGAUCAUGGACAAAAAAUCUUAAGUGUACUACAGAAUUUUAGAGAACAAAAUGUCUUUUAUGAUUUCAAAAUAAUUAUGAAAGAUGAAAUAAUCCCAUGUCAUCGUUGUGUGUUAGCAGCAUGCAGUGACUUUUUCAGGGCUAUGUUUGAAGUAAACAUGAAAGAAAGAGAUGAUGGAAGUGUUACCAUUACUAAUUUGUCCUCCAAAGCAGUAAAAGCAUUUCUCGAUUAUGCCUAUACAGGAAAAACAAAAAUAACAGAUGAUAAUGUGGAAAUGUUCUUCCAGUUGUCAUCAUUUCUUCAAGUUUCCUUCCUAUCCAAAGCUUGCAGUGACUUUUUAAUAAAAAGUAUUAAUCUUGUCAAUUGUUUACAGUUAUUAUCUAUAUCAGAUAGCUAUGGCUCCACCAGUUUGUUUGAUCAUGCAUUACACUUUGUACAACAUCACUUUUCUUUACUAUUUAAAUCCAGUGAUUUCUUAGAGAUGAAUUUUGGAGUACUACAAAAAUGUCUGGAAUCAGAUGAAUUAAAUGUUCCUGAAGAAGAAAUGGUACUGAAAAUUGUCCUUAGUUGGACUAAACAUAACUUAGAAUCAAGGCAAAAGUAUCUGCCUCAUUUGAUUAAAAAAGUAAGAUUACAUCAGUUAUCUGAGGAGACACUUCAAGACUGUCUGUUCAAUGAAGAGGAUUUACUCAAAAGCACAAACUGUUUUGACAUAAUCAUGGAUGCAAUUAAGUGUGUGCAAGGUUCUGGUGGACUCUUCCCUGAUGCUCGACCAUCUACAACUGAAAAAUAUAUAUUCAUUCACAAAACUGAGGAAAAUGGAGAAAAUCAAUAUACAUUUUGCUACAAUAUUAAAACUGAUUCAUGGAAAAUACUGCCGCAAUCACACCUGAUUGAUUUGCCAGGAUCUAGUCUUUCUAGUUACGGAGAGAAAAUAUUCUUGACAGGUGGUUGCAAAGGGAAAUGCUGUAGAACGGUUCGACUACAUAUUGGCGAGUCAUAUCAUGAUGCCACUGAUCAAACCUGGUGCUACUGUCCAGUUAAAAAUGAUUUCUUCUUGGUAUCAACUAUGAAAACACCAAGAACCAUGCAUACAUCAGUUAUGGCUCUUGAUAGAUUAUAUGUUAUAGGUGGAAAAACUAGAGGCUCCCGGGACAUUAAAAGUCUCUUAGAUGUUGAAUCUUACAAUCCUCUUUCCAAAGAAUGGAUAUCUGUUAGCCCAUUACCCAGAGGCAUAUACUAUCCAGAAGCAAGUGCAUGCCAAAAUGUAAUUUAUGUUCUUGGAUCAGAAGUAGAGAUUACAGAUGCUUUUAACCCAUCGCUUGAUUGCUUUUUUAAAUACAAUGCUACAACUGAUCAGUGGUCUGAACUAGUAGCAGAGUUUGGGCAAUUUUUUCAUGCAACAUUAAUUAAAGCUGUCCCAGUAAACUGUACACUGUAUAUAUGUGACCUUUCCACCUAUAAAGUUUAUAGUUUUUGUCCAGACACUUGUGUUUGGAAAGGUGAAGGAUCUUUUGAGUGUGCAGGCUUUAAUGCAGGUGCAAUUGGAAUUGAAGAUAAAAUUUAUAUAUUAGGUGGUGAUUAUGCACCAGAUGAAAUCACAGAUGAAGUGCAGGUCUACCAUAGCAACAGGUCUGAGUGGGAAGAAGUUUCACCAAUGCCGAGAGCCUUAACAGAAUUUUACUGCCAGGUGAUUCAGUUUAAUAAAUACAGAGACCCAUGGUUUCCCAAUCUAUGUGCUUGAACAUUCUAAAACAAUUCCAGUUCUAGUAACCUAAAGUAAAUUCGUUAACCAAAAUGAUAGGUAAAAAGGUCUAUACAUCUUAAUGAAAUAAAAUGUUCCUGCUUUCAGUUACUAUGUAUGCACACUAUAUAUGAAUAAACUGUUUCUAAAAACUUAAAAUACAAAAUACAUUUUACCAAAAAUUAUAUUGAAUAUAACCGUGCAGAAUCCAAAAUACUUAGCAUUUUCUCAUGAAACUACAAAUCAUGGACUUUGACACUUUGAUUUUUAAAGUACUCUGUCCAUAAAAGAUUUGUAUUAUUUAAAUGGGAGAAAUCUCUUGAGAGAGUUAAAAUGAAUUACUUGCACUGUAUCUUAUAUGAAGUAAAAAAUAAAUUAGAGGUGAAAAACUUGUUACUGUAGGUAUAAGAGUUGUUGAAUUCCUAUCAUUUGUGAUGAUUGGUUAACUUCUUUUAGGUACCUUUUUUACCCUUUUUAAGUUCAGAAAUAUAUUUUCCCAGCUUUAUAAACUGUAUACUAAACAUAGUCCAACUUUUUUUAAUGACUCAUUUUUUCAUUAAAAGCAUAAUGUACCAUCUUAUAAUGCCAUUAGCAGUUACUUAAAUGCUUUUUAAAAUGCUGAUUCUAUUAGUUUUCAGUAUCAGUUGGUUUCAGUUUCUGGCAGUCUCUCUCAUAUUCUGGUUCAAUCUUAGUAAAUUAACAUUCUGGAUUUGAUCAGUAGUUCUAAGUUACACCUGGCCUGAGUUUACGUUAACAUGUAAUCCUCAAGGGGAAAAUUUUUGGAUUCUGGGAUGGUAGUACUAAAAUACUUUUUAUGUAUCAUUGCUAGAUUCCAGCUUAAAUGAGGAUAUGGAAAAUUGACCUCUAAUUAAGUGGUUCAUUAUAAUUGCAUUUCUUAAACUUUGUCCAAAUUGAGCUACAUAAAACAUUUCAGGAUUUAAAUUAGUACCAAAUCAAUUUUCUGUGUUGAUGUAUAUCAACUAUAAAGCAUCAUGUUGGUUUGCUACUUAAGUAAAUUAUUUUUAGUGAAUUACUUUCUAAAUUUAAAAAAAAAAAAAAAAGGCUAGGCUUUUGGUAUUGAUAGUAGGAUUCACAACCUGCAUCCGUGUAGAUGUUUGAUCUUUACCUGAAAUAAUGAAAACGUAUUGUCAUUGUUCUCAGGUAGGUGAUUCUGCCUUCUAAGAGUGUAUGUUUCUUUAAUCAGUUUAAAAGAUAAAGGCAUUUUAGGUUUUAAGACCCCUGCUUUACAUCUCAGGUAAUGUGUAUAUUGUAUUUCUCUUGAACCAAAUGUAGUUUUCUACACUCAGUUGUAAAUGUUAAUCUUUGCCAAAUGUGCAUAUUCUUUAAAACUCUGUCUCUAAGUAGAAAUAUACCUAAAUGAAGAUUUUGUUAUUUUACCAUAUAAAUUUAUGCAACCAUAAGUUCCAAAUGUAUUUUUCAAAAUGGAAUGAAAUAUUAAAGUACAUUUUCAUGCAGUUUAAAAAUCAAGGACUGUUUCUGAUUAGAAGACAGGCGCAUAAAGAGUUUUCUGUAAAAUUGGUGGCCUUCUUAUCUAAGCACAUGAAUUGAUGGCUCUGCACUUUGUGUAUUUAAAAAAAUGGAAAAUUCAGUGGAGCUUUUGUUUAUGUGUAUGGCUUUGAAAACAAAUUAUUUGAGAAAGACCAUAACACAGUGAGUAACCUAUAUGUGGAUUUACUGAACUGUUAAUUUAAGCAUAUAUAUUAAUAGAGUAUGUUUAAAAUAAAUAUUGUUUUAAUCACUGA